AUGACAUUAUCAAUUGGUGAAACAACUUCUACUACGCUACAGCAACCUUUACGACAACCAUCUCAAAGAAGUAGAAAAAGGAUAUCAUCCAGUGGUUCUAUUUAUAGAAAUAGUCAAAGACCAAUUUCUAUGGUUUCACAAUCUUCUUUGCCAUCAUCAAAUAAAAGGACAAAAGAAAAUUCAACCAGUACAACUGAUACUAAUGUUGCUGCUGCUGCUUCAUCAUCAUUUUCAAUUAGCACUACUACAUUACAACCAAUAAAUACAAAUCAAAACUCUAGAUCUAUCGUCAAUGAUAUUAGUUCAGAUAGUCUUAAUCAACCAGUACCUGAAUUUCCACCGCCACCAUACACACCACCAGAAUCAUCACAAACCAGAUAUCGUAGACCUUCAACCAAUUUCUUUAUAAAACCAAAAACAAGCCAAGAACUACGCAAAGAAAUACAGAAACUACGCGAAGACCGUAAGAAAGAACAAGAAACUUGGAAAGCUGAAGAAAGAAGACUGAAAAUAAAAGUGGGUGCAAAACCAGAAGAUAUUGAUCGUGUGAAAAGAAAAUUGAAUGAAAGUACUGAAAAAUAUAAUAAGAAAAUUGAAAUUGUUCAACAAAAAUUGAAUAAAUUGCUUGAUCAACAAACUACCAAUGGUAAUGGCAAUGGCAAUAGUGGUAGUAGUAGUAAUAGCGGGAGAGACAAUGUUAGAAGAUUCACUAUCAGUAGUUAG